GUAUGGUGUUGAAAUAUAUUCUUCUUUUCUCUCUCUCCCACUUCUCUCCGCGUUGUAUGAUAUAAACUCACACUGGGGGGUCAGGCUCUGGGGUUUUAAUAUUCUCUUACAUUGCUUUUUCGUCGUCGUCCUCGUCGCUGUCGUCUCGUCGUCUGACAGCCAAUCAUGGCUUCCCACCUGCUAAGGCGCGCCUUCGGAAGCCGCUCCAACCGGAUCCUCUCCUCUCUAUCUUCACAACCAUCAGCAGUAACACCUAGGGUUUUCUCCUCUGCCACCGCCCCGAUCCAAGCUACCCUCUUUCCCGGCGAUGGUAUAGGACCCGAGAUCGCCGAAUCUGUCAAACAGGUGUUUAGAGCAGCUGAAGUGCCAAUUGAAUGGGAAGAGCACUAUGUUGGGGAUCAAAUGGAUCCUAGAACCCAGAGUUUUCUAACAUGGGAGAGUUUGGAAUCAGUACGGCGGAAUCGGGUAGGAUUGAAAGGGCCGAUGGCCACACCAAUUGGAAAAGGUCAUCGUUCUUUGAACCUUACUUUACGGAAAGAACUUAAUUUGUAUGCCAAUGUCAGGCCUUGCAACAGCCUUCCUGGCUACAAGACUCGUUAUGAUGAUGUAAAUCUUAUAACCAUCCGUGAAAAUACUGAAGGAGAGUACAGUGGACUUGAACAUCAAGUGGUGAGAGGUGUUGUUGAAAGUCUCAAGAUCAUUACUCGUCAGGCAAGUUUGAGGGUUGCUGAAUAUGCUUUUCACUACGCCAAGACCCAUGGAAGAGAGAGAGUAUCAGCAAUACAUAAAGCAAAUAUCAUGCAAAAAACAGAUGGUCUUUUUCUCAAGUGUUGCCGUGAGGUUGCAGAGAAGUAUCCUGACAUAACGUAUGAGGAAGUUGUCAUCGACAAUUGCUGUAUGAUGCUUGUGAAGAAUCCAGCUCUUUUUGAUGUAUUGGUGAUGCCUAACCUUUAUGGUGACAUCAUAAGUGACCUUUGUGCUGGGUUAGUGGGAGGAUUAGGCUUGACGCCAAGCUGCAAUAUUGGUGAGGGAGGUAUUGCUCUUGCUGAAGCUGUACAUGGUUCAGCACCUGAUAUUGCUGGAAAGAAUAUGGCAAAUCCCACUGCUCUGCUUUUGAGUGCUGUUGCGAUGCUACGCCAUUUGGAGCUCCAUGACAAAGCAGAACGAAUCCAAAAUGCCAUCCUGAACACAAUUGCAGAGGGAAAGUACCGAACUGCUGAUCUCGGUGGCAAGUCAACAACUACUGACUUUACAAAGGCAAUUUGCGAUCAUCUUUGAAGGUUAUGUCGCUAUGUAGGUUUUAAAUUUUGCAUGCAAUCAACUUCUUUUUUCUUGUGACUGCUUUUGGAGCCAUGGUUUUUCCAAUUGUUCUUCGAGGGGGGAAGCCUCAUGAUUUCGAUGACUAGAAGAUUCGUCUGGUUACGUGCUUGCUCCUAUUGAGCCAUGGUGGAGACGUGGAAGGGAACAAAAGGGAAUAUUAUAUAAAAGUAUAGCUCACGUGUUCAUCUUCACAUACAAUGUCUCAAAAUAAAUAUUAUUGAAAUUUGUGGCAAAGCAUUGCACGAUGAAUGUCAUCUGGUAUUCUUUGUUGAUAUAGCAUGAAAUAAAAUUAUAAAAGCAUCCUAAUCUGGUAAUUUUAUUCUUUAAA